AUGGCCGAGCGAUACAGAGACGAAGCGACCCCAAGAUGGCGGCAUGGUUGAGGGAGGAUCAGCUGUUUUAAGUUUGUUGACACGUCAUCAUCACGUUAAAGUUAUUUUUGUGGUGGUUAAGUUUGUAUUUAUUUAUUGAAGCCCAAAUCAAGAAUAUCAGAUUGGUGUUUGGGUCACAGGGCGACCUGCGGGAAGCAACACAAGAGGAUGUAUUAGAAUGACAUCAUCACCCUUCGCAAGAAUGUUUAUGCUGCGGGCCUUGGAAAAAAUCUAUGCAGAAAAGGAGAUUAGGAGGUCCCAUCACUCCCAGCUGAAGAGGGCAGUGGAGCAGGCCUUAGAUGAAAUCCGUGCUGAACUCCAGGAGGAUGAGAAGAGUUCCAGUGGAGGUGUGUCAGCAGCACUACCCGUCCCUAAGGGGGAUGCCCAGCACAGUGAUGUGGAGGGACACUUCUUGCCUUUUGAGCUUGCCUGUCGCUCAAAGUCACCCAGGAUUGUGGUCACUGCUCUGGACUGCAUCCAGAAACUCAUUGCCUACGGUCACCUCACUGGGAACGCAGCUGAUGCCAACAACCCCAGUCGCCGCCUCAUCGAUCACAUAGUGGAGACCAUCUGUAACUGUUUCAAUGGACCUUCCACUGACAAGGAUGUGGAGAUACAGAUCAUCAAGGCGCUGCUGACAGUCAUCACCUCCCAGUAUGUCAGUGUCCAUGAGGGCACCGUGCUGCUGGCGGUGCGGACCUGCUACAACAUCUUCCUUGCCUCCCGGGACAUGAACAACCAGGUCACCGCCAAGGCCGCCCUCACCCAGAUGAUUAACAUUAUCUUCACACGCAUGGAGAACCACACUCUUGAGGAUGGUGGUGAAAGGGAACACAGCAACAGCACAGCCUCCUCAUCCAGCACCACUACCUCCACCACCACCACCAACAACAUCAACAAUGCCAGCAGCAGCAGCAACAACAGCAACAGUAAUCAGCUGGUUCCCCAGGAGAAUGGCCCUCAGGAGAAUGGUUCCCAAGUAGAGAAUUCCCAGGAGAUUCCAGUCCAGGAAAACAUCCCACCACCAUGGCAACAGCCGCCCCCCCUCCCUGAAGGCCUGCCUCCUGAUACCACACCCACCGUCACCACCACCAUUACCACCACCACCACUACUGAGAGUGAUACCCUAAAAACAGACACAGGAGUUGUAGAGGAGGGACCACCAGUACCCAAUGGUUCAGCAGUAAUUGUGCCUCCAGAUGCCACUACUUCCUAUCAGAUUGCCUCUGAGCUGGUGGAGGACAUAGUGAAUCAGGCAGUGACAGUAGUGUCCACAGAAGACACCAUUGUUACCCCUGCUGCUGCUGCUGCUUCCAGGUCUACGUCCAACGGGAAUGCUGAAGGCACCGCAGACGGCAUAGAGGCCUUGUCUCCCACCUCCCCUCCGGAGCCUUCUCAAGACACCACCAAUUUUGUCUCGCAGGAUGCAACCGGUACGGUCCCUCAGGAUGCUGCCAGUACAGUGUCUCAGCCUGCAGACACAGCCCAGGAGGACUCCUCACCACCACCUCCACUCCCUGCCUCAGACCCUCGCAGCGAUUCUGUAGCUUCCAAUCCUCCUCUCACUCCCACCUCUAUCACCAGAGUACCCUCCCAGGAAAGCAUAAACAUGAUGACAGAAGGUGAUGCAGCCAUGACAGCCAAGUUGUCACACACGCUUCAGAAAGAUGCAUUCCUGGUUUUUCGUUCGCUGUGUAAACUUUCCAUGAAGCCUCUGCCAGAGUCCCCAGACCCAAAGUCCCAUGAAUUACGAUCCAAGAUUUUGUCCUUGGAGAUGCUGCUGUCCAUCGUGCAGAAUGCAGGCCAGGUAUUCCGCUCCAACGACACCUUCAUCACUGCCAUCAAGCAGUAUCUGUGUGUGGCGCUCAGCAAGAAUGGCGUCUCUCCCAUUCCUGAAGUGUUCCAUCUCUCCCUUGCCAUCUUUGUUGCUCUCCUCUCUAAAUUCAAGGCUCAUCUCAAGGUUCAGAUCGAGGUUUGCUUCAAGGAGAUAUUCCUGAAUAUCCUGGAGGCCGGCAGCUCAAGCUUGCAACACAAAUGGAUGGUGAUAAUGGCACUCACUAAAAUCUGUGCUGAUGCCCAGUCUGUGGUGGACAUCUAUGUCAACUAUGACUGUGACCUCAAUGCUUCUAAUGUCUUUGAAAGACUAGUGAAUGACCUGAGCAAGAUAGCACGAGGGGGCCAGCCUGGGGAGUUUGGGGCAACGCCAGGCCAGGAACAGCCCAUGAAGACCAAGGGGCUGGAGUGUUUGGUGUCCAUUCUCAGAUGUAUGGUGGAGUGGUCCAAGGAUCUCUACGUCAGUCCAAAUACUCUCUCCAACCUCAACCAAGAAAAGAAGAAGGAUGUAGAUGAGCCAGAAACAAAUAGCACAGUGGACCGUUCAUCACUGGCUCGGCAUGGCUCUCAGAACUCCAUUAACUCCACAUCCACCCUUGCACCCAUUGGUGUAGACAAGCCUGAACAGUUCCAGUCCCUCAAGCACAGGAAGGAACUCUUGGAGGAAGGCAUUAAGAUGUUCAGUGAAAAACCAGAGAGAGGUUUGGCCUUCCUGCAGUCUGAGGGUCUGGUGGGGCCCAAUCCCCAUGAUGUGGCAGUAUUCUUCCAUGACGAUGACAGACUAGAUAAAAGUAAAAUUGGUGAAUACCUUGGCGAUCCUGCCAAUAAGGAAUGUAUGUGUGCUUACAUUGAUGAGAUGGACUUCAGUAAUCAAGAAUUAUUGCCUGCUUUGCGGACAUUCGUCGAAGGAUUUCGGUUGCCGGGAGAAGCACAGAAAAUUGAUCGUCUCAUUGAGAAGUUUGCCUCAAGAUACACUGAAUGUAACAUGAACCAAGGAAUGUUCACCUCUGCUGACGGUGCCUAUUUAUUGGCAUUCUCCAUCAUCAUGCUUACCACUGACCUUCACAACGUUAGCAUCAAAAAAAAGAUCACCAAGGAGCAGUAUAUCAAAAUGAACCGUGGGAUUAACGACACCAAAGAUCUACCAGAGGAAUACCUCUCAGCGAUCUAUGAUGAAAUUGCUGGAAAGGAGCUAAAGAUGAAGCCCACCUCUACAAAACUAGGAAAGCAAGCCGUUGUAAAUGAAAAGAAGCGGCGAUCAACCUUCAACAUGGAAAUGGAAACCAUCUCUUUAACAGCCAAGUCCCUCAUGGAGGCAGCGUCUCAGACCAGUGCUCCCUUUAUCUUUGCCACUCAGGUGGAGCACGUGUGUCCCAUGUUCAAGAAAACCUGGCCAUCCUUCAUUGCGGCAUUUUCAGAGACUUUACAGAAAACUGAAGACAACGUGGAGGCCUCUCUGUGCCUGGAUGGCAUUCGCUGUGCCAUCAGGAUCACCUGUAUAUUUGAUAUGUCUAUAGCAAGAGAUGCCUUUGUGCAGUGCUUGGCCCGCUUCACCCUCCUCAAUGCCACCACCCCAAUCUCAGAACUGAAGGCCAAGAAUGUGGAUUGUAUCAAAACCCUCAUCACUGUCGCUCACACUGACGGAAAUUAUCUUGGGAAAUCAUGGCUCGAUAUCCUCAAGUGCAUCAGUCAGCUGGAACUGGCACAGCUGAUUGGCACUGGUGUCAAAUCACAGUACAUCAAAGACUCUGGCCUUAAGAUACCUCAUGAACCCGCUAAUUUCUUAGAAGUAUCCUUCCCUGAAAUAUUUACUAGUGAGCAGAAGAAAUUAGCCAACAUUAAGGAGAGUAUGGGAGAAACAUCAUCACAAAGUGUGGUUGUGGCUGUAGACAGGAUCUUCAACUGUUCUCCCAUGCUGGAUGGACAUGCAGUGAUUCAUUUUGUGAUGGCACUGUGUCAGGUGUCUUUAGAGGAGCUGUCUGCACCUACCCCUCGCAUGUUCUCGCUGCAAAAGGUUGUGGAGAUUUGCUAUUACAACAUGGGCCGCAUCAGGUUGGAAUGGUCAAGGAUGUGGGAGGUCUUGGGUGAAUACUUCAACAAGGUAGGAUGCAACCAGAAUAAGGAUACGGCAGUGUUUGCUGUUGAUUCCCUCCGACAGUUGUCCACAAAGUUCAUUGAGAAGGGAGAGUUUUCUAACUUCCGUUUCCAGAAAGAAUUCCUGCGUCCAUUUGAACACAUACUGAAGAAGAAUAGAUCGCCUGUGAUAAAGGACAUGGUGGUGCGCUGCAUCACCCAGAUCGUCACCUCGCAGGCAAAGAACAUCAAAUCAGGCUGGAAAAAUAUAUUCAGUGUCUUCCAUCUUUCUGCAUCAGACAACGACCAGAACAUAGUGGAGAUGGCCUUCGAAACCACCAAGGAGAUUAUUUCACAAAUAUACAAGAAACACUUUGUCACUGUAAUUGACUCAUUCCAAGAUUCUGUUAAGUGCCUGAGUGAAUUUGCUUGCAAUGCUGGCUUUCCUGACACCAGCAUGGAGGCGAUAUCACUCAUCAGAGACUGUGCUAAAUAUGUGGAUGAGAAGCCACAGAUGUUCCGAGAACACAAUCUGGAGGAUGUGACAGUGUGUGCUGAUGACCGAGUGUGGGUGAGAGGCUGGUUCCCCAUCCUUUUUGAACUGUCCUGCAUCAUUACUCGUUGCAAGCUGGAUGUGCGCACCCGUGCACUGACAGUCCUAUUUGAGGUGGUGAAGAACUAUGGUGGUUCCUUUUCACCGCACUGGUGGAAAGAUCUCUUUAAGAUACUGUUCAGAAUAUUUGAUAAUAUGAAACUUCCAGAGCAGCAGACAGAGAGUGCAGUGGAGUUAAACGAGAGGCAGGCUGAGAAGAACGAGUGGAUGACAACAACCUGCAACCACGCUCUGUAUGCCAUUGUGGACGUGUUUACCCAGUACUUUGAUGUGUUAAGUCCAAUCCUCCUGCAGGACCUCUACACUCAGCUCCACUGGUGUGUGCAGCAAGAUAAUGAACAGUUAGCUCGUUCUGGUACAAACUGUCUUGAGAACUUUGUAAUCAGCAAUGGCCCCAAGCUGGAUCCACAGACCUGGGACAAGACCUGUCAGUGUCUCCUGGACAUCUUCAACUCCACACUGCCUCAAGCACUGUUAACCUGGAGGCCGUCUGAACCUGCCUCUGCACACAAUGUUGGUGGAGGAGCAUUUUCUGGUCUGCUGAUCCGGUGUGUGGUGCAGCUUGAGUUGAUCCAGUGCAUCGACAAUAUUGUUUUCUUCCCAGCCACCAGCAAGAAGGAAGACCAAGAAAAUUUAGCUCUUGCCCAGGCUGGAGAUGCAGUAGAGGUGGUAAGGGAGCAGCGAGAGGACCAGGGCAUGUACCGUCACCUUACUGCCAUGCAGCUCUUCACCCUCCUGGACUGCCUCAUGGCUUCACACACAUUUGCCAAAACAUUCAAUUCAAACCAUGAGCAAAGAAAUCUCCUUUGGAAAGCAGGCUUCAAGGGAAGUGUAAAGCCCAACUUGCUGAAGCAGGAGACUCAGUCAUUGGCCUGUGCCCUGAGGAUACUCUUCCGAAUGUUGGCUGAUCCGUCCAGAGAAGAAGAAUGGCCACAGGUUCAGGAACGCCUGAUCUCUGUUUGUCGGUCGGGCUUGGAGUAUUUCCUUUCCUUACCUGAGACUCACCGAGAGGCGUGGACAAACCUCAUCCUUCUCUUCCUCACCAAUAUCCAUAAGAUGUCCAAUGAUCAGUUUGCUGCCCACGCCUCAAACUAUUAUCCAUUCUUGUGUGAAAUCACAUGCUUCAAUCUCAAGCCUGAGUUGAGGGCUGUGCUGCGUAGAUUUUUCCUGCGCAUCGGUAUAGUAUUCAAUAUCACCCACCCAAGUGUACGUCACCACAUCACCUCCACCUCCUCUCUCAACUCCACAUCCUAGUCAUGAGAAAGGUUGCCCAGUGAGCCCUAGGUAAGGAAGGGCUGCUCCUCUUACAUGUGCAGGAUGUGCUUGUGUCAGAGAACAGAGAAAAGAACAAAGUGAAAACCUUAAGGAUUUGUGAUACUGGAGACAGUAAGGCUCCCUCAAGUAGGGAAUGAAUAGCAUAUAGUAUAUAAAAAUUUUAUAAAAAUUUAUUAAUAUGUGAUUUUAUCAUAUAUUUUGGGAGAUGAGGUGCAUAAUUAUUCAGCCUUGGGAUUAAAGUGGUCUUUAUGCAGCUCUGUUCCCUCAUUCUGAAUCUAUGUCCUCUGCAGUAAAUGAAAGAGGAUUGCUGUAUGCUUAUGCAAGUUGUACAACAUAUAAAGGUAAUGUAUUUAUACACCAAAAUAGUUGCUGUAAAAAUUUUGACAUGUUUAGACUUUGUUUUCAGCCUUUCAUUGGUAUGAAUUAUUUAGAUUUUGAGGAUUUUAUUUAGUGUAUUCAUGUAAAAAGUUUUAAAGACACUAUUUGUUUAAGUAUUAUUUUUGUAUUCAAAAUAUCUUAAAGUUCUAUUAUUGCCAUGCUUUGUCUUAUAUUCCUCAAAGGUGAUCACUUGUCUGGUGCUUUUUUUCUCUCUCACUAUUAAUAUACCUUAUACUUUCUAAAUUAUUUAUUUUGGAAUAGCCCUCAAGGAUUUUGGGAUAGUAGAUAGGAAGUGAGCCUUGUCAUGAAGGGUGGAGGUCAAGUACGUGGUGGAUGUGGUGAGGUAUUGCUGCUCACACCACCACACCCACCAUUAGGUUCUUACUCCUGCAUUAACAUUUCAGUUUUCUUGAGCUGAGAAGCCAGAAAUUAAGUUCUGUUGUUUAAUCAUAAGUAAUGGAAGUUGAACCUGAAGGUCUCUUGUAAGCCGUGUUAUCGUUUUUGUGUGAUUGUUUGGAAAACAGCUCAAGGUGAACUGUCAUUCCCGUGUGCUGGCUGAGUCAGCUGGAAUGGUGCACUGAGGAGGGCUUGGUGCUGGGUAGUUGCUUCAUGAGAAAACAUUGUAUUGAUGGAGUAAAACUUUGUAUGAAGUAAAUGUAAAUGCUUUCCUCCAGAAUUGUAUCUCUUAUGAGGUUAAAGAAUUUUCACCAAGGAACUGGAACUGGCAUUAUGAUAUCUGAAGUCUGGUAAAUGGCCACUGGAUGAUAAUUUCAUUCCUCUCUCUCUCUCUCUCUCUCUCUCUCUCUCUCUCUCUCUCUCUCUCUCUCUCUCUCUCUCUCUCUCUCUCUCUCUCUCUCUCUCUCUCUCUCUCUCUCUCUCUCUCUCUCUCUCUCUCUCUCUCCUCUCUCUCUCUCUCUCUCUCUCUCUCUCUCUCUCUCUCUCUCUCUCUCUCUCUCUCUCCAAACAGCCAAAACAGUAUAUAGAUUACAUUCAGUUCACUUGUUCCAUCAUGGGUGAUUGGCAAAUAACUCUGGCAGAAAUAAAGUUACUGAUAUAUUUUGCUUCAUCUUCAACAUCACUAUUUGAUUUUCAAUGAUGAAUCUGACCAGCAAAAUGUCAAAUUCCACAACCCAUCACUCAGCAGCUAUUAUAGUAAGACUAUAACAUGUUUUUUUUGUCUAUUUAAAUUUCAUUGUAAUGUUUAAAAGAAUCUUAUACUGUACUUCAUUAAAUAAGAAGCAGGAGUGGCGAGAUAAAGAAGGGUUGUGAUAAUUCUAUCCAUGGUCACAACUUGUGUUAUAUUUUUUCAUACAGAUUGGAUAAAAGUUUUAUGUUAAAACUUUGAAUAAAGAAAUGCUUUGUAAUGAGAAAUAGGUAUUUCUAUCAUAGAAAUACCUUUUUUUGGGUUAAAGUAUGUAAGUAUUCCUACUCCAAAUUUAAUAUCUUUAUAUAGGAAAGCCUUGUAGAAAGUUCCAAAAUGUAAAUAUUGAAACAUAACUGAAGUAUUGAAGUCCUACCAAUGUAUUGGAUGAAAUAACAUCCUUAAACAAUAAUUGAUUGACAUGCUUUGGCACCACAUUAAGUUAGACCAUUGGUGUCAGAAACAACACUAUCAGAUGCACUUCUGUUCUUCUAAUAGUGGUUUUGUGAUGUGAACCUUUACUCUGCUUCCUUCUAUCUUUGUGGUACCAGGUACUAUUACAUAUUUUAUAGAAUGACAUUGUGCUUGUGUGUUGUUCUUUCAUUGCUAUGGAUUUCUUUAUUUUUGUCAACAAUUUAUCAAAAUCCCUUCAGAAAAUUGGGGUACGUUAAAUUUUUAUUUACCUUUUUUAAUUAAGAAAUAUUUAAUUUUUUGCCCAUAUAUCCAUAUAGUUUUUGUAAGAGUGUGAAUUAGCACUUUACAGUAUUGUGUUCAAUGAUUGUGUUAUGUUUGGAUCAAAAUAAUGACCCAACUCAACCAUCCUAGGUAGCCACCAGUCCAGCAAAGAUGAAGAUGCAGUCACAGCCUGCACAUCACAGGUCCUCCAGUACCUCAUGCAUUGUCCCAAAAAGUAAAGGUUUAAUGCAUGCUUGUUGGUGAUACUGAUGAUGCUUGUGCCAAGUAACAUGGGAUGAUGUGAUAUUGAUAGAUUUUCAGUUUCUUGUAUUGUUCAUCCAUCUCAGGAUGUACAAUAUUGUCAAUGAUUGUCAUGUGUUAUAAAUGUCCAGUUUUACAUAAACUGUUACUACCACCACUACUGUACUACCACUACCAUCACCACUACUACUGUUUUUUAUAUAGAUUUUUUAAUAAGUUCCAUUCCAUAGAUCUGAACACUUGCAUUAUAUUUUUUGUUUCACAAAAUUUUACUUGUCAUUUACCAUCAUUCUUCAACACCACACUAAGCAUUUCUUCUAAACAGUAAGAUGUACAUGAGUAUUGUCUAAAUCCAAAUUUAUCUUUUGUUCAUUAUUGUAUAUUUUAGAAGUAAUGUAACUAUAUUUAUCACCAAACAAUAAUUACCAUUAUUCCAUAUGUAUUAAAAUAGUACCUCCUUUUGCCCUUGGUUGAAUGUUGCUUUACUGUUGAGGAAAAUUACCAGUACAUUAUUCAUUAUUUUGAUUUUACUUGUCAAAAUGAUGUCAUGUCCACUCAAAGUAACUGUAAGAGGGUUGACUAACAUCCUCAGUGGAAGUGGGAUACCUGGAGAGGGCCAAGCUUAAUUGGCAGAAAUUAUGUGUAGUGUAUUCUCUGACAGUGUCCAUAUAAGAUAUUUUUUCAGUAUCAUGUUAAUGGCUUAGAAUAUUAAGAAGGACAUCAUUAGACCAGUCAUUCCCUGAUGAGUAAGUGACAAGCCUUGAUACUCAUGCAGGUGUACAGUGCAAUGUACCUCAUGCCAGGGAACUGUCAGAGCACAGUUCCUACUCAUCAAAAAGUGUUACAGGUAUUCCAGUUUACAUAGGGAAAUAUUUUUGUUGUUGUCAUUGUUAUUGCUGAUUUUGUUUCAUAAGUAGAAAGAUUAUGGAUAAUAUAAGUUUUGAUAAAGUGUGGGAUUUCUGGAUUUGUGCUACCUUGCCUGACUCAACCAUUCUGAGCUUAAUGGAUGUUUGACAGUAAUAUAGCAAGUGAAAACUAUUAAUUUCUUUGCUAAACACCAACAAAUGUUCUCAUAGAUAUUCGUCAUAAGGCAAAGUGAUUACAGUUUCCAGUAUUUUGUCUGUUAAGCCUACAUGAAGUCAUCAUUUAUUUGAAAUACAUAAGCUCUUUGGAAACAACCCCAGAGUUAUAAUAAUUCUUUUGUUGGAUAAAUAUGCACACUUCAGAGAAAAGUACUUUCAUUUUAAUUUUCUUUUCUUUUCUUUUCUUGUUUUUAAUCAUAGUAUAUGUUGCAAAAGCUCUUAGAUUUCACACACCUUACUUGUGAGGCAAAUCUGGUUGGUGUGAGAAAUUUUGUCAUUAUGGUUAUUGGAAAGUAAAAUAUUUUAUUGUUAACAAUGAAUAUUUUGUAAAUUUUUAAUAAAUAUUAUAGUGAAAAUG